AAGUUCCGCACUGCAGGUUUAACAUUUUAUAGGGUAAUUCAGAAUAUACUCUUCAUGCACCAUACAUUGCACCCUAUAGGGCACCUUUAGGACACUGUUUUUUGUUCAUUAAAAGGGCACUCAUUAUGGCAUCAUGUUUUCUCACACGUGGGGGCACCCUAGAGGGCACUUAAUUGUGUUUGGCUUUUUUUUCAUUGACAGGGCAACCAAUUCUUCACCUCAGUAUGUUAGACUUGGGGGCACCCUAAAUGGCACUUUUACCUUUUUUAUUUUGUUUUCUCACUACAAGGGCACCCACACAGAUCCUCCAGUUCACCCCAUUAUAACAGCAACUCAUAAGGCAGUACAUUACAUCCUCUUAAUUUAAAGGGCAUAUCAUGUUUUCUCACUUGCGGGGGCACUUUACAGGAUACUAUCACAUUUUGUUCAACUGAAAGGGCACCAAUAACAGCACUUAAUUUCUGACUGUUACAUAUAGAGGCCCUCUAUAGGGCUUUUCAUCCUGAUUUAUCCAUACACUUUUGCAUAUCAUUUAAAAGAAAUUGCAAUACAUAUAACGGAAAAAUAAGACCACGGAAAUCACAUGAAUAAUUAACAUUCAGUUUAAACUGUUCCAGACCCUGCUUUACAGGAUAUAUUCUGUGUAAAAUGUUAAAUAAUACCGCUUUCAUUUUACUGAUAAAAUAAUAUUUGUUUGAUAUUCUCCAUCGGCCUUUUUACAAGGGCUCUAAGUAGCUGCGUAUCAAUCCGCAUCAAAAUACGUAAUACGCCUUCCUCUAAAAACAAUAGUCCACUAAGUGUUUAUAAACAUCGCAUUUAGCGAAAUCUGGUGCAACAUAAAAUGACCAAACAUAUCAUUAAACACAAACUGUUUAAAUCAUUAAAUGUAUCAAUAAUAUGCAUAACGAUCCAGCUUUUAACAAAAAAUAAUAAAUAAGAUCCGGUUGCUCGGACAGGAAGCAAAGGAGAUACUCAUGGCGCCCGACUAGAAAGAAGCAACAAUUAUCCGUUACUAAUUUCUGAGCUGUUUAGCGCCUCUACGUUAAAGGAUACCUUUCGACUCGCUAAUAUACGUUAUGGAUUCGGAGGAGAAUGAGGUGGAGAGCAGCAGUGAUGCUGGGCCCGCAGGGAUGGAGGAGCCGUCUGAAAGUGGCAUGGGUAUGGAGUCAUCAGAGGCCAUGUCUGCAGACAGCAGUGAUGCUGCAGCCUCUCAUGCACAGGCCCCAGAGUCUGACUGCCAUGUGGGACAGAGUUCAGAGGGACUUGUGGUGUUCAUCCCAGAAACCAGCUCCAGUACAGACGUCAGAGUUUCAUCAGUCCACCUCCCAGACUCCUCCUCAGUGGCCCAGUCCACCAGCGUGUCCAGCGUCUCCACAGUGACUCAGUCAGUGCUGGUGUCUGAGUCAGCCCAAGUGCUGGUCCACUCCAGCGCUGUGUCUGAAGGAGCCAUGAUGGUUUCUGACUCAACUGCCUCUACCUCGUCAGACCUGGGGUCUGCCAUAGACAAGAUCAUUGAGUCCACCAUCGGCCCUGACAUCAUGAAUGGUUGCAUAGCUGUGACCAGUGCAGAAGAUGGGGGGGCAGAAACAACCCAGUAUCUGAUAUUACAAGGACCAGAUGAUGGUGCUCCUAUGGUAGCCCAGAUGUCAUCUUCAGCCCUGUCCGAUCGUAUAGCCAUAGAAGCUCUUGCUGAGGGCCCCACAUCGACGUGUCUAGACCAGGGAGACCUGCAAGGCAACCUGGAGCCUGACCAACCCGACGAUCAGCCUGGACACUCGGGUUACCCAGAGGACAGCAGCAGUCAGCCUGACCAGCCCCAGCACUCCCACCCCUCCCAGUACAUGGAUUGCAGUGCAGAUGGCCCAGACCAAACAGGGGAGUCCUCAUCUUCGUAUGUGGAGUGUUCAGGCGAGGAACCCGACCAGACACGUUCCCAGUCAGGCUUCCCCGACUACAGCGGGGAUAACAGUGACCAGGACCUGCCUGGAUACGUGGAAUGCAGCGGGGCAGAUUCAAACCCGAUCAGCCGAGGUCACUAUGUGGUGGAGUGCAGCGCUGGGUAUCUGGAGUGCGCUGUGGACGAUGGAGAGCAGCCGCAUCAUUCACGCAGUUACAUUGACAGUAGUGCAGAUCACAGGACCCAGACAAGUCGGCAGUAUGUGGCCGAGUAUGGUGGGGAUUGUGUAGCAGCUGCAGACUCUGAACAACCAGGUUGUUCUCAGUACCAAGCAAGGGACGAUGAUGAGGAUGACGACGAGCAGAACCAGGAUCCAGAUCAGCCGCAGCACUCUCAACAGCAACCCCAGCACUCCUGUUACAUGGAGAGCAGCAAUGGCCCAGAGGCUUCUCUCUAUGCCGAUGACAGCUCCUCAUCAGACCACCCUCUGGCAGACACGGCAGGCUCAGGUGGGCUUCCUGAGGCACUGGAGUGCAGCGAGAGCCAGCCUGGGCCCUACAUCAGCAGCAGUGGGACAUACACCUCCAAUCCAGAGCCUGAGUUGGCCCCACAGUGCUCACCCAGCCAAGAGGAGCCGCAGGGCUCCCAGGGGCCUCAGGAUGAAGCUGGUUUGGUCAGGGAGAUGGAGACAUCAACAGUGGCAGAAGGCUCUGGAGACCGACCACCAAACCUUGCUGAGUUGGAGGAGAUGAUGGAAGUAGUGAUUGUACAGCAGUUCAAGUGUAAGAUGUGUCCAUAUAAGAGUGCCUCCAAAGACACACUCAUUAACCACAUGAGAGACAAACACUUCAAACCUGCAGGGGAUAUGCCAAAGAAGCGUAAACGUGGACGGCCUCCUAAAAGUGAGACGCUGGCACGUCGCCAGGCAGAGAGGGAGGAAGCUGAAAAGAAGAAGGCAGCAAAGGUGAAGGCUGCUGAGCCCCAGCAAGCAGAAGAGGAGGAGGACGAUAUUGUGGAUGCUGGUGCUAUUGAUGAUCCUGAAGAGGAUAGUGACUACAACCCGACAGAAGAGGAUUGCAAAGGAAGACCACCAGCCCUUCUGAAAAAACCCACUCCUCCUAUCUCCUCCUCCUCCUCUCAUGGACGUCCUCGGCGUAAGGUUGGGCGUCCGAGGAAGUACAGCCUUUUGGAAGAAGGCUACAGCAACAAAGAAGCAGAGAGUAUAGCUAAGAAGCCCAGGGUUAGUGCGGAUGCAAGUGCACCUGAAGAGGCAAGCUCCUCUGGGUUAGGAAACGGUCCUGCUAUGGUGACUGAUGGAGACACAGCAGAGGCAGCAAUAAGCCAAUCAGACUCUGAGAACAAAGACCCCUCGUCCAAUUCACAGCCAGAGGAGGAGUUCUUCCCAAGAAAACGAGGCCGACCCUCCAAACGCUUCCUUCGCAAGAAGUAUAAGAAGUAUAUAAAUCGAAACCGGUACUAUAAAUCCCUCAAACCGCUUCUGAGACCUCACAAUUGCUGGAUCUGUGGCUCACGCUUCCUCACGCAAGAAGAUUUGCGCUUCCAUGUAGACUCUCAUGAAGGCAAUGACCCAGAGCUCUUCAAGUGCCUCCAGUGCAACUAUCGCUGCAAGCGCUGGUCAUCUCUCAAGGAACACAUGUUCAAUCAUGAGGGCACUAAGCCUUUCAAGUGUGAAGAGUGUGAUUACACAAGUGUCUACAGGAAGGAUGUUAUUCGCCAUUCAGCGGUCCACAGCAAAGAGAAGAAAAGAAAGAUAGAGUUGGUACCAAAGGUGUCAGAGUUCCCUUGCCCUGUGUGUCACAGAGUUUACCCCAUGCAGAAGAGACUGACUCAGCACAUGAAGACGCACAGCUCAGAGAAACCACAUAUGUGUGAUAAGUGUGGCAAAUCCUUCAAGAAGCGGUACACAUUCAAAAUGCACCUACUCACCCACAUCCAGAGUCUUGGAGAAAGCAAGUUCAAGUGUGAGUUUUGUGAUUACACUUGUGACAACAAGAAGCUGCUGCUCAACCAUCAGCUGUCCCACACCAACGAUCGGCCCUUCAAGUGUGACUACUGUAAAUACUCCACUUCUAAAGAGGAAUUCCUGGUGUCCCAUCUCGCCAUCAAACACACAGGAGAGAAACCUUUCUCCUGUGAUAUGUGUCACUUCAUGACGAAGCACAGGAAGAACCUGCGUCUACACGUGCAGUGUCGCCAUCCUGAGGCAUUUGAAGAGUGGUCUGUCACUCACCCCGAGGAGCCCAUCAGGAGACGACGCAGACCCUUCUUCACCCUGCAGCAGAUUGAGGAGCUCAAACAACAAAAUGAAAACACGCAGGACUUGCAGAACACCAUUGUUGCAGUGGAUUCUGCGACACUACAAGCCAUGCAGGGCAUGGAAAAUGCCUCAGUGUCCCAGGAUGCAUUGGGAAACACUACCAUCAUCUACGAACAAGCUGAAUCUGGUGAUCUAUCCGCCCAGAAUGCCCUGGACCUGCUGCUCAAUAUGAGCAAUGCUCGGGAAUUGGUUGGAAACUCUUUACAGGUUGCAGUGCUGAAAUCAGGUGGAAGUGCUGAAGUCAAAGCUCUGGAAAACGGUACGUGGAGUGCAGUGACCGCAGCACCAGGCCAGGCCCAAAAGGUCGUGACCUUUCACGUGUCUGAGAAUGGAGAGACGGUGUUACAAGAGGCCUACGAGGCAGCCACCUCUGAAACGGGAGAGCUCACCCAGAUCGCCAUUGAAACCUACGAGGGUGAAGGGGAAUUCAGUGUGGUGGAGCAGGCCGCUGAAGAGAUCCAUAGUCCUGGAUACAGUAAUGAUGAGAGCAGUCCUUCUCAGGCUGUAGAAGUCUCCGGAUCAGAGAACCUGAAAAGUGACAAGUACUAUCUUACUUCAGCACUGCCUGAUGGGGUUUUGCAGCAGGUGGAGCUGAGCAGUGAAGCUCCAGCUUCUCCCUCUGCAGUGAGCUCUCCCAGUCUCAGCACCAAGAGGUUCUCCUGCCGAAUAUGCAUGGAGUCUUUCCACGGACGCUCUGACAUGGAGAACCACAAGAGGGCGCACUUGGAUCCCAACACCUUCAAGUGUCCCGAUUGUGACUUCACCUCCACCUCCUGGCCCGAGGUCAAGGCUCACAUGGGGCUACAUUCCUACCUGCGCCCUCACAAGUGUCCCAACUGCAGCUUUGCCUCCAAGAACAAGAAAGACCUGCGUCGACACAUGAUGACCCACACUAAUGAAAAGCCCUUUUCUUGCAAACUUUGUGGACAAAGGUUUAAUCGUAACGGCCAUCUGAAGUUCCACAUGGAGCGCCUCCACAAUCAGGAUCACCCCACUCGCAAGAGCCGUACUGCUGCAACGCCCCAGCAGACCAUCAUAGUCAACAGUGAUGAGGAAGCUCUGGCUACACUACAGUCCCUGCAGGCGCAUCAGACAGUCAUCACUCCAGAGCGGUUGCAGGCCCUGGGACAGGAGCACAUCAUAGUAGCACAAGAACAAGCACUAUCAGACCAGGAGGAGGGAACAUACAUCCAGCAGAUAACCACCAUAGAUGGACAGACGGUUCAGCACCUGAUGACAGGAGACAAUCAGGUGACCGAGGUCCAGUAUAUCAUCUCACAGGACGGAGUGCAGCACUUAAUCCCUCAGGAGUAUGUGGUCGUAGCUGAUGGCAACCACAUACAGAUGCCAGAUGGACAAAUCAUCCAGUAUGAGCAUGAAGGGGCCUUUUUGCAGGAGCAGCAGAUUGCUGUAAGCCAUGACGGUCAGAUCCAGUACCUGCCUGUCAGCUCGGAGCAACAGAUAGUGAAUCCUGAAGAUCUGGAGGCUGCUGCACACUCUGCUGUCACAGCAGUAGCAGAUGCAGCGAUGGCGCAGACCCAGACAGUCUACACUGAAGCUACACCUGAACAGCUGGAGCAGCUGCAGCAGCAGGGCAUCCACUAUGAUGUCAUUACCUUCACCGAUGAAUAGAUGGCUUCUCAAAGCCACCGGGGUACAAACCUGCACAAAGCAGGACCAACAAAAACCACUAUGAGCUGACGAGCAUCUUAUUUAAGCAUUCAAGAUCAACAGUCUUUUUAAAAUUCAGAUUAUUGCACCCAUUGCUUCUAACUUCAAUCAUAGGGGCUGUGCAUCAACGAGUUAAUUUAAGCAAGGUGGGUCUGUUCUGUACUUAUUGAAACUGAUUCGUGUUUACGUGCCUCAACUGCUUUGAUUUGCAAGACAAUGUUAUCAAAGAAAAUGAAUUGGCUCAUAUCAUGUUUUAGAGAAUAUACAGAGCGUCCACAUGAACAUUUUAGUGGCUGAAUGGAGUGAAAUGAAAAGGGAGUGUUUAUUUUUGAUCUGUAAUAAGAUAUGUUAAUUGUUAGAAUGCCACAACAUUGUGUUUACUGAAUAUUAAUAUGUACAUACCUUUUGCAUUUGUCUUCUGUUCCAUGAUGGAAGAUACGUUUUGAUUUGGUGAAUAUGAAGUGUUUAAUAAGCUGAAAGCUGACACCAAAUAAAUCACUUUGUCUAUA